AUGAUGCAUGCACUGCACAGGCUUCUGCUUUUUCAUCUCAUGACAUGUCUUGGACUUCACGCACUUGGGAGUGAAAUCAUACAUGGGCAAAAAGCCCCGGAGAAGUCAAUGCUGUAUAUGGCCUCGGUGCAGAACAGAAGCAAUCAUCAUGUAUGUGGAGGAUUCCUCAUCAAUGAAGACUUUGUGGUCACUGCUGCGCACUGUGAUGGCCAGCAUCCUACAAGUGUCGUUCUUGGGGCCCACAAUCUCAAGAAGGAUGAUAAGAAAAUGAGAAACGUUGUAAAGAAAUGGAAGUUUCCAUCUUAUGUGAAUGUCGGAAAAGGGGAUGACAUCAUGCUCCUCAAACUGUCUAGGAAAGCUCGACUGGACAAAAGAGUACAACCGAUUGAGCUUCCAGAGACUGAGAUUGAGUUAAAAGAUAAUGAAACGUGCCUCAUAGCUGGAUGGGGUUUAACAAGUACUGGUGGUAAAGUUGUUGAUGUGCUGCAAGUGGUGGAUGUGCCUAUCGUUAACCCGGAGGUCUGUAAGAAGCAAUGGCGUCAUGAGGAAAUUAGUCUUCCUGCCAAUGUUAUCUGUGCAGGUGGAUAUGGCACAGACAAGGGAUUCUGUCAGGGUGAUUCUGGUGGUCCUCUGGUGUGCAACGGGAAGGCUGUUGGUGUUGUCUCUUUCAACUUCAAAGAAACUGUGACUACCCAAAUUUACCUAACGUCUACGUAAAUAUAUCAAAAUACCUUUCCUGGAUCAAAAAGAUUCUCAAGAAAAACUAUUGAUAAAUGUAACAAUUCAGCAUACUUUUAUUGUACUGUAUUGUCUGGCUCCUCGGCUCUAGAACAGCUUUCCACUGAGCAUCAGGUCCGCUGACACCGUCGCUGCCUUUAAAUUAAGUCUCGAAACUCACUUUUACAAAAUGGCCUUUCUUAACAGCUGACAAACUUUCUUUCUUAUCAUGAGCUGGCUGAUGGUUUGUUUGUUUUUUAAUAUAUAUGUAUACAUGUAUUUUUUUUUUCAAUAUGCUAUACAAUAAUUAUCGU